AUGGAUCUUAAUCAAAAGGCCCAAGCUCGUAUGCGAUGGUUACAAUACACACACAUACACACAUAUAUAUAUAUUAUAUUUCUAACACGGAGAGUCUGUUUUCAGUAGCAAGUCUCGUUUCGUCUUCUCCGAUUGUUUGGGUGGAAAACAUGGCGGGGCAUGGUGAUUCGGGUGCAUCCGGAAAGAAAUCAAGUGAGGCUGCUAAUGAGUUGCACACUUUCAAUGCUGAGAAUAUGCAGAGUAACAUGAAAAUCAUAUAUUACAGUCGGACAUUUUUAUCUAUAAUUGGUGGGGCCAUCGCUGGAAUCUUGGGAUUCACUGGCCUCACUGGAUUCAUUUUUUAUUUUCUUAUCAUGGCAAUGGCUUCUAUUGGACUCAUAACCAAGGCAAAAUUUUCAGUUCAUUUAUACUUUGACAGCUGGAACCGGAUUCUACUUGAUGGCUUCACCGGUGGCCUUAUGCUGUUUCUCCUUAACACAAAAACUAGAUUUGCUUACGACAUUGUGCAUAUAUUCUGAAGAAAGGGGAUGCUCUGCUGCUGCAGCUCAUGGUGCCAUAUCCCCAUAGCCUGGAGUUUGAAAGUGGCAUGUCAUUUGUACCCAAUUAUAAACUCGUCUUUUAUCCUAAGUUUUUUAGCUGUAGAAUGGACACAUUUUGGGCGACUUUAUACUGUUACUACCGUGUAGGGGUGCAAAUGUGUCGAGUUAUUCAAUUAUUGUUGAGCUGAAUUUGAAUUUGAGUCUAUUGGUCAAUUCAAUGAAUUUGCAAGUUUAGUA